UUUUACCGGUAAACACUGUCAUUAAUUUUGAUUAUAAAAACUAAAACCCGGUUAAGAACCGCAUAAAAUAAGUCUCAUAAUACAAAUUAUCUAAAUAUUGAACAGUUCGUUUGGAAAAAAUGGGUACAGCGACACCGUACUAUUUGAUGCUGGGAUUCACACUAGCUGCUUACUUCAUAGCCUCAAAGUUUGUCUUCGAUAAAGUCCAUCAUACAACUCGUACAGUCAUCGAUGAGCUGUUCCACAUACCGCAAGGUCUAUCCUAUUGCCGUCGGAACUUCGUGCACUGGGAUCCAAAAAUAACUACGCUACCAGGCCUAUAUUUAGUAUCUGCAGUGUUCUUGGGAACGUAUUUUCCCUGCACAACUUACAAUCUAAGGUUUAUUAACUUGCUGGCUUCGUGCGUGAACCUCUUAUUGUUUGCCUCUAUAUUAAAAUUUGUGUAUACAAGUAAGCAAUCGAAAAUCGUGAUUCAAGCACUGAAUUUAACGUUACUCCCACCGUUGUAUUUUUUUUCACACGUAUAUUACACAGAUACAUUAUCUCUGACGUUUCUGUUGGCUUUCUCUAGGCUCUGUCUUACAAAUAGACAUGGCUUUUUGAUGCUCGUAUUUGGAGUGUUCAGUGUAUUAAUGCGACAAACUAACAUUGUCUGGAUAGCUAUGGUGUUUGGUCAUAAAUUUUUAGAUUUGUUUAUCCGAAGCUCAAGGGUUUUCGGGAACCAGUAUGUGACCAAUAUCAGGUUAAGCAAGAAAUCGCUGAUAGCCAACGAUGUUGACACGUCCAAGUUAAAACGGUACUAUGAUAUUAUGGAUGUGUACUAUGCCAUUAAAUAUCAUGUUUCUACGUGUUUCAAAUCGUUCUUCAGAUACUUAAAUACACAAGAUAUUUUGACAUUGUCGAUACAUAGUGUUUUAUUGUUGUUUUUUGUGGCUUUCGUUUAUUACAAUGGCUCAAUAGUUUUAGGAGAUAAAAAAGCUCAUGAGGCUUCCGUGCAUGUUCCGCAAUUGUUGUAUUUCUUAAUUUUCUAUGCCAUAUUCGGGAUGCCUUUUGUAAUAUUAAAAUUGAAGUCAACGUUAAUAUUGAUCUUCUCAAAUAAAUUUAAGGUUAUUUUACUAGUAUUAUUAAUGCUCGCAAUAGUACAUUAUAAUACAAUUAUACACCCAUAUUUGCUGGCUGAUAAUAGACAUUUCACGUUUUAUAUAUGGAACCGAUGGUACGGGAAAUAUGAAUAUGCCAAAUAUGCAACAAUACCUUUAUACAUUUUUUUAACUUUUAAUUUGUACGAUAAUUUGAAGGAUCAAAAUUGUGUAUCGUUUCUUCUACCCUAUACGGUGGCAAUAUUUCUUGCUGUAGCGUUACAACGAAUGAUCGAAGUCAGGUAUUUUUUAAUACCAUUUAUCAUAUUGAGGCUGCGUUUCUCAAGACCGUCCAGCUUAAUGAUCCUAAUUGAGUUUUGUUGGUAUUUGCUACUGAAUGUUCUGGCUUUUCAAGUUUUCUUCACUAGAGAGGUGAUCUGGAAAGAUUUCGAUGAAGUACAGAGAAUCAUUUGGUGAUAAUAAGUGUAGCCUGCUCACCGAAUAAAAUACAACAAUUGAGGCGUAUGAAGUCAGAUAUGAUAAAGUCCAAAUUUAUAAUUUUUUAAACCAUACAUACUAAAUUGUAGCUAAUUAAUAACAUUAUUGUAAAAAAUAUUUGCAAAUAACUAUGUUUUGUUUCCAGUAAUGAUUCUUUUAAUCCUUAGUUCUUAAUAAUAAUAGCGAUGGCUUUUUUUUGGGUUU